GUAAUCAUCGACACGAGAAUUAAUCACAGAUAGUUUCUUCUUCUUGAGAAUUUAGCUAUUUUCUUCCAUGACUUUCCAAUUCCAAGGACCCUUUUCUUCUUCUUCUUCUUCUUCUAAUUCUAUCAUCACCCAUAGAUGUACUUACGACGUAUUCUUAAGUUUCAGAGGCAAAGAUACUCGCUACAACUUCACUGGCGAUCUAUACAACGCCUUGCAUAAAAAGGGAAUCAACACCACCUUCAUAGAUGGUGAUGAUGACGAGCUUAAAACUAAAAGAGAAGAAGAAAUUUCACAGAGCCUUGUCAAAAGCAUAGAAGGGUCAAGAACUUCAGUGGUUGUACUGUCAAGAAACUAUGCAUCAUCCACAUGGUGCUUAGACCAGCUGGUGAAGAUCCUUGAGUGUAAGCAAACAAAGGGACAAGUAGUUCUACCAGUGUUUUGGAAAGUAGGUCCAUCAGAUGUAAGGCAUCAAAGAAAGAAUUUUGGGAAAGCAUUAACUCAACUUGAAGACAACACUAAGGUGCAGAGUUCGAAGACAGCCUUAAAAGAUGUUGCUAAUUUGUCUGGUUGGCACAUAGCCAGAGGAAAAGGGAAUGAAUCUAAAUUUAUCCAAGAAAUCGUUCAAACGGUCUCUAUCAUAGUAAAAUGUACAUACCUAAAUGUUGCCAAUCAUCCAGUUGGAAUAGAGUCUCGUGUACAAGACAUCAAUUCGCUUUUAAGUAUUGGGAGGAAUGACAUACGCAUGGUAGGGAUUUUAGGAGUUGGUGGAAUUGGAAAGACAACUAUUGCCAAAGCGAUUUAUAAUUUGAUUGCUCACCAGUUUGAAGGUAGUUGUUUUCUUACAAACAUUAGAGAACAUUCCAAGCAAGAGUUUGGAUUGGUCCAACUACAAGAGACACUUCUUUCUGAGAUCCUAAGAGAUGCUAGAAGCUCAAAGGUUAGCAAUGUUGAUCGAGGAAUUAAUGUCAUUAAGAAUAGGCUUUGCUCUAAAAGGGUUCUUUUAAUUCUUGACGAUGUGGAUCAUUUGUCUCAAUUAGAAGCAUUAGCUGGAAAAUGUGAUUGGUUUGGUUUAGGAAGUAGAAUCAUAAUAACAACAAGAGAUAAAUCUUUGCUAACUAAUCAUGAAGUUAAUUUCAUAUACCAAGUGAAGGAGAUGGAUCACAAUGAAGCUCUUCAGCUCUUUAGUUGGAAUGCCUUCAAAAGAGACAAACCUACUGAAGAAUAUGUUGAACUCACCGAAUGUGCAAUACAUUAUGCUGGGGGCCUUCCACUAGCUUUAAUGGUUUUAGGUUCAGAUCUAUAUGGUAAAAGUAUGAUUCAAUGGAAAAGUGCAUUGGAUAAGUACGCAAGAGUUCCUAACAAAAAUAUUCAAGAAAUACUCAAAAUAAGUUAUGAUGGAUUGGAUGAGAAUGAGAAGGAUAUUUUCCUUGACAUUGCAUGUUUUUUUAAAGGAAAGCAUGCAGAUUAUGUCAUUAAAAUAUUAGACGGGUGUGGUUUCUUUCCAGAUAUUGGUAUCCAAGUGCUUAUUGAUAAGUCUCUUGUAACUAUUGAUGAGAAAAAAAAAUUGGGAAUGCAUGACUUGCUGCAAGACAUGGGUAAAGAGAUUGUUCGACGAGAAUCACCAGAAGAACCUAGCGGGCGUAGCAGGUUGUGGUUUCAUGAAGAUGUUCGUCAUGUAUUAGAAGAAAACAAGGGAACAAAUAAAAUUGAAGGCAUACUGGUAGAUUUGCCUAAAAGAGAGAUGAUAAACUUGAGUUCUAAAAACUUCAUGAAGAUGAAAAGACUCAGAUUGUUUAUAAACCGCAAUGCACUCUUUUCUGAAGGGCCUAAUUAUCUCUCUAAUGAGUUAAGAUUGCUGGAAUGGCCUGAAUAUCCAUUACAAUAUUUGCCAUCCAAUUUUCAUGGAAAGAGACUUGUUGUUCUUAAUAUGCGUAAUUACCUCUUCAAGGGAUUGCAUAAUGGAUUCAAGAAUUUGCAAAACUUGGCAAUCAUGAACUUCUCAAAUUGUGAAUUCAUAACCAAAGUCCCUGAUCUUUCAAUGAUGCCAAAUUUAGAGGAAUUGAAUCUUGAAAAUUGUACAGACUUAGUCGAGGUUCACUAUUCUGUUGGACUCCUUGAUAGGCUUAGACUUAUGAAAUUUGUCGAAUGCCCUAACCUCAGGAGUUUCCCAAGAAGCCUCAAGUUGAGAUCUCUAGAAUUACUUAUGCUCGAAGGUUGCUCUGGGCUUGAGAACUUUCCUGAAAUUGAUUGCAAAAUGGAACGUUUAGAAUACAUUGGCUUAAGAAGUACUCCUAUAAAAGAAUUGCCUUCAUCUGUUGGGUAUCUCAUUGGGCUUAAAGAAUUAAAUCUAGAUGGCUGUGAAAAUCUUAUGAAUCUCCCAAUUAGUAUUCAUCAAUUGCAACGUCUAAAGCGACUUUUUCUCAGAGAUUGUUCAAAACUUGUCAUACAUUCCAUGCCCUUGAUUGAAUCAACAAAGGAACCCGGAAUUUCAUCAAGUGCGGAAUUAAGCAUUACCAAUGAUGAUUAUUCCUCAAUCGUAUUUCCGGAAAUGCGACUAUUAGAUAUUGGAAACUGUGGGCUAUCAGAUUCAGAUUUCUUUAUGACACUUGAUUGUUUCUCCAGAUUGGAGCAGCUAGAUUUAGCAGGGAGUGAUUUUGUUAGUCUGCCUUCGUGUAUUGGUGGAUUUGUUGGAUUGAGGAGCCUUAAAUUGGAUGAUUGUAAGAAACUUCAAGAUAUUCAAGUACUUCCACCAAAAAUGGAAGACGUAUAUGCAAGUGGGUGCAUAUCAUUGGAAAGAUUUUCAGAAGUUUCAAAAAGACUUCAAUUUAAUACAUGCGAGUUACCAGCACUCGAGUGGAUUGAUUUGUCCAGAUGCCAUAAACUGGUACAGAAUAUAGGAAAUGAUGCGGACAAUCCUCUAUUAAGUGAGGGACAUCAAUUGAGUAUGAUAUUUCCGGGAAACAAGAUUCCACACUGGUUCAGCCAUCGUAAAGAGAAUUCAAGUAGCAAUAUAUGUGAAAUAGAUAUUAAUGAGCCUUCAAAUGUGGAUGGGGAGAUAAUAAGAAUGGCUCUUUGUGCUGUUAUUGGACUAAGGGAUGCAAAAGUACCCAGUCGUAUUCUUUGUAGUAUUAACAUCAUCAGUAAUGGUUUACCAAUAUAUGGAGAUGAUAAAGCAUUUCAUUUAUCCAACUCAGAUCAUGUUUGGCUGCGUUACUAUGUUCCAGAACACAAUGAGCUAAAGGGGGACAAGCUGCAAGUUAGGUUUUGGUGCUCUACGAAGUCAGUGUCCUUUACAAGUUGUGGAGCUCAUUUGGUUCGCAAGUAUGAAGAGAAACCAAAAGAUUGUAUAGUACUGAAUGAACACAAUGAUUUAAUGAAUGAUAUUCAACCUACCAAGAGGCGCCGCAAUGAUGAUGGUGAUGGUAGCAAUUUGGAAUCCAAUUUGUACCCACUAGUACCACAACAAAAGAGGUGUCCUUCAACCAUGAACUUCAUAGUUUCUGAUGAUUGACCACUGGCAAAUCACAUCUGCAAGCUUUUCUGAUGGUUGAGGUGCCCUUCAACCAUCACAAUAAUUGUUCUUGAUUGUAUCUGAUUAACUGCUUGAUAUGCUGUGAUCAAACUUUGGAGGGAUGGCUGCAUCAUUUGAAUCUUAUCAGCCUAUUCUUGAUUGCUACUAAAGGUUCAAUUCGGGAAAUCUGGGGACAUUCAGAUUUGACUAUGAAGUAGUUUGUGCAGGUAAGCAUUUGACAGAGUCACUCGCUUCAUAACGUAAUGAAUGAAGUGUUUGUAGUCGUUCUGGUCAUUGACUUAGCUAUUUUGAUUUCAAAUUUACAAAAAACUUGUUUCAUUCACACAAAAUUGAAAUUCAGCAAUCAUUCCCAAGUAUUCCUUUAUUCAUUGGUUGGUUUUAAAAGAUACGUUAUCAACUUGUGAUAGAUUGAUCAAAUGACGGUAAUGGUGAUGUUGUAUGUAGUUUUUGUGGAAAUCAAUUGGAGACACGGGAUCAUUUACUCUUUGAA